AUGUCGAAUCUUCCAAGGGAUUUGUGGGAGGAGGUGCUGUCUAGAGUUCCUUUGACAAGUCUGAGAAAAGUCCGAUCGACUUGCAAAAAGUGGAACACUUUAUCCAAAGACAGCUUCUUCGCAAAGAAGCAUCUAGGUCAAGUAGCAGAAGAAGCCAAUGAGUUAAUGGUGGUGAUGAUGGAUUAUAGCGUUUAUCUCAUGGGAUUCAAUCUUAACCCUGACGCUGAAUCAUGUAUAAAGCGGCAAGGCAAACUUAUUUUCCCCGGUUCGGAUCAAAUCGAGGUAGGCCAAGUGUCUCAUUGCGACGGUUUAUUGUUAUGCGUGUCGAGAGACCGCAAUACGCUGGUGGUUUGGAACCCGUAUUGCGGGAAACCCCUGUGGAUCGAGUCCGAAAGAUCUGUAGGUUAUUUGUAUACCCUCGGAUACGACAAGAGCAAAAAUUCCCACAAAAUCCUAAGAUUUAGGGGAUCCGUUGAUUUCACAAUCUACGACUUAAACUCUGAUUCUGUUUCUGAGAGGGUUCUUGAUAUCGCUCCAGACCGGAUGGAAUAUAACGACAAUUCUAGCGUGACUCUCAAUGGAAAUGCCUACUGGCAUGCGACAAAGGUGGAGGAUUCAGACAACCUUGACCAAAAUUUCUUAGUCUGUUUUGAUUUCACAAGAGAGACAUUUGGGCCAAGGUUGCCUCUACCGUUUGAGCAUGUGUUUGUAGACGUAGAUACUGUGAGUCUAUCUGUUGUCAGAGGACGAGAGAAGCUUGCGGUUUUGUUUCAGCCAUGCGAUACUUACAAGGUGGAGAUAUGGGUUACGAGCAAGAUUGAGCCCGACGCCUUGACGUGGGAAAGCAAGGUGUUCUUGGAAGUGAGUUUGAAACAAACCAUUCACCCUCAGUUUCAGUUUUUCAUUGGAGGUGCUAGUUUCUUCAUUGACGAGGAGAAGAAAGUCGCCAUGGUUAUUGAUAAAGAGUUCGAUCGCGCUGUACAGCCUACUCGCCACCAAGCUUACAUCAUUGGAGUGGAUGGGUCCUUGAAGAGAGUUGAUCUUGGAGAAUCUGCUGACAAACAUAAUAUACCACUUGCGUGCUCUUAUCUUCCAAGUUUUAUCCAACCUAGCUAG